GGAAUGGGCAACUCUUCGAGCGACCCUUUCGAUCCAACAAAGGAAAAGGCCGCUGGAGAGGGGGGGCUUGAGGAUGAUGAUGACGAUGACGACGCCGCAUUCGAGGAAAAGGUUCGCAAUCUUCGAGCGGGCGCUCAGGAGGACGUGGAGAUCUACACUUGGGGUGGCGAGGGCUACGAUGGCCUCGGUGACCUGCUUCAAGAGGCUGGUGAUGAUCUCAACGACGAUACCUUUGGCAUGGGCGAUGUUGGCAAGGACUUUGACUUCUCGGGUACAGCAGGCGCUGGUGCGACUAUGCCGCAGUCACAGCACGGUGCAAGUGGGCAAGCGCAACGUCGAGGCAACGAUGCUGCUUUUGCCAGCACGCUUGACGACUUCUGGACAAUGCCAGAUGUCAAGCCAAAGUCGAGUGCGUCACCUUUCCAGCAGGGUCAACAGCAGCAGUAUGAGCAGGGACAGCAGCAGCAGCCACCGACCUCGAGAGCACCGCAGACGCUGGAGGAGAUUGAGGCUGAGCUUAGGGCUCAAAGGUCACAGCAGCAGCAAGCGCCCCAGCAAGAGAAGCGACCAUUGACCCUGGAAGAAGUCGAAGCAGAGAUGCUCGCAAGGCGAAGAGGGGCUCAACAAGCUGCACCACCGCCGCCUUCACAGCUUGCAGCGCUGAUGGCACAGGCCCAAGGAGGUCCUGCCCAACCGACCUCGCACAGUCCUUCGUCCUCGCUACACAACAUCAACUUCCCACCCUUGGGCUCCACGCCGCCGCCUCUCGCCAGAGCACAGAUGGGCUCUCAAGCGAGGACAGGAACACCUCCGGUUAAUGACCAGAUGAAUCACUUUGCUCGCAUGAAAUCGCUCCUCGACGCUCUGCCGCCCCCUGUCCAGGGUCGCAUCUUGGCCUUGCCACCGUACAUGCACUUUGGAGCUGUCGAGGGCAUCGCUCGCCAAUUUCCCGCUCUCCUCGUAGCUGGCAGCCCCGAGAAGCUGCCGCAACAGCAAGAGCAGCCUCACCUCUUUCCCCGUUACGACGGUACGCCCGAGGAACAGGGCGCUCUCCGUUACAUGAUUGACGGUGCUGUCGGCUCCAUUGAUGACGCCGAGCGACUGGAGAGAAAGCGCAUCAUCAGGCUUCAGAAGAUUCAAACAAUGUCUCGCCACAAUAAUUGCAUGACAUUGUCGGACAAGGACUUCAUCACACGCAUCCAAGUCAGUCAGCUAAUCACCUCGGAUCCGUACGCCGAUGACUUCUACGCCCAUAUCUUUUUCGCUCUGCGGGGAGGCAAGCCUGGUGUCAUUCAGAAAGCACAACCGAAGGAAGAGCAGCCUCAAAGCCAGGCUCAGACCAACAAUGGGAAGCCGGCGUCCCGAGCCGCCAAGCAACAGCAACAGCGAAAGCAACAGCAGACCAGUCGCCGCGAGACAGCCAUGCAGCGCAUGCAACAGCAAGUGGAACGCAUCGUGCAGAAUCGAAAAGAGCGCAUCGAAAAGUCGGCGCACGGCGCUGCACUCGAAGGUGCACUCGGCCGUGUGAGCCUGAGUAGUACCAAGAAUCCUCGACAGAUGCUCCAAAUCAGUGCCGCCGAUGUGGAGAAGGAGCGAGCGGCCGAUGGAGAUGGCAAGGAUAAGAUUGGACACGCUCAAAAUGCCGUCGAACAGGCGCUCAAAGGUGCGAGCUUGGGCCAGGGAGGCGGAGCCGCUGGCGUUGCCGACGGGAGCAAGCGACCUGCUUUGACCAAGUACGAGGUCCUCAAGAUCCUCGAACAUCUCUAUGAUGUCACGAUGGCUUUGGAGCAGACUCGACGAAACGCCCCUGCAGGCGCCAAUGUUUCCGGUGCGGCGACAGGUUCUGAGAGCGAGACUCAGGAGGCCGACGCCGAGCUGCAGGCGUGGAAGACGAACCGCGACGCCCUUGUUGCGACUUUGUGGAAGGACCUACGAGUCUUGGAGCCCUUGGAAAUUUCGGAUCCCCACCCAUUCAUUUCACUGCUGUCUACGGUAAAGGGCAAGCGGCUGCUUCCCCGUGCCUUGCGUCACCUCAGCUCCGAGCAGACUUUGACGGCUUUGACCAUGGUUGUUGCUUCAUUCGACUCGCUCGACGUCGUUCGCAAUGCGCCCAUCCUUGACUCGGUCAGCAGCGGUCCUGCCAAUGAAGAAAAGCAAGCCGAGGUCAGACGUCAGACGGAGGCUUUCCUGACGUCGGUGGUCCCGUGCAUGCUCUCCCUUAUGGCCACGUCGCCCAUGCAGAUCGUGAGCGGCAUGCUCGCUCUGUUCAUCGAGCGAAACGACUUGGCGCGCUGCGCCCAGACUCGACCGGGCGUAGCAUUCCUCACCAUUCUCCUUUCGCGUGCCGAAUCGCUGAGACAAGGUGUAGGCGCCUCAUCGCCCGACGCUGACGCAGUCAAGACACCCGAGUCGGACUUGGCACAGCGGAAAGAGAUCUUUGAUCUUUUGAUCCAGCGCCUCUGUGCAAACGGUCGCCUUCCUAUGCUCUUCCCUUCGACAAGGCUCCGGGCCUCUCUACCGUUUGGCGCAGCUUACCUCGAUGCCCAGGUGGCGCGCAAGGCCGAAGAAGAAGACGAGCCGGUCUGGAACCUCAUGGCUACCCUGGCCGUGUCUGCCACCAUGGACCAGCAGCACAUCCUCAUCAGGGAAUUGAGAGAGAAGAUCUUGGAAAAUGUCAUCGCAGCAAAGCAGCAGCAGGCCGCUCUUGGUCCUGCAGCCGAUAGCGCUCCACCGACGGACAUCAGGAUUCGAAAUGUCAACUUGCUGCUGCACGCACUCAAUUUGGACGCAACGCAAAUCGCCGUCUGAGAAGGCAGAGAAGGGCGUUUCUGUCAUCCCGUCGUUGACUACGUGGCUCUCUGCCUCUCUUGUCCUUAAAGGAAACCUCAAGUAAAUGUUAAGACAGACCUGCAAUACAGAGAACUGAAAGGAGAAUGGCGAUUGGUUGGAAUCUUGGG